GUUCAUCUCUUUUUACAAAACCUUCCUUAACGUCUCGUUUUACCUCAUCAACAAUCAACAAUUUACAGUAAUCUUGGUGGAUCAUUCUUAAUCACUUGAGUUCGUUUGCAUACUUUUGCAAAGGGAAAAGCCUCUUUUUGUGAGAAUGACUGGGAGUUCUCAGAACAGCAGUGAUGCAUUCCGUGAAGAUAUCCCAGCUAACCAAAUCGGUACACGUGGCUGGUACUUCACCAAAGAAGAAAUAGACAAUCAUUCUCCAUCUAGGAAAGAUGGGAUUGACCGAGCCACGGAAUCUUCAUUGCGUAGAUCAUAUUGUUCUUUUCUGCAAGAUCUCAGCAAGAUGCUUCGAGUGAACACUUUAACAACAGCGACUGCGAUGAUGUUCUGUCACAGAUUUUAUAUGCGCCAAUCUCAUACAAAGAAUGACUGGCAGACGGUUGCAACUGCUUGCAUGUUCCUCGCUACCAAAGCGGAAGACUGCUUUCGUCCACUGAGGGAUGUUACCUUGGUGGCAUAUGUGCUGAUCCAUAAAUGGGAUCCUUCUGCUGCUGAGAGGAUCAAACAACAGAAAAUUUAUGAUAAGCAGAAGGAGCUAAUUCUUGCUGCUGAGAACCUUUUAUUGGUGACAAUUGCCUUUGAUUUCAGUAUCCAACACCCAUAUAUACCCCUUGUCAAUGCCUUAAAGCUAUUGCAGAUUACAAACAAUGUUGUAGCUAUGGCUGCUUGGAAUCUUUUGAAUGAAUGGUAUAAAACAACUUUGUGCUUGCAGUAUAAACCCCAUUACAUUGCUGCAGCUUCUUUGUCAAUUCCAGCCAUACUUCUCAAUUUCAAACUUCCAAGAGUAGAAGGAAAGCCUUGGUGGCUGUCUUUUGAUGUAUCACCCGUGAAACUUCAAGAAGUUAUAUUACAAAUGCUUCUGUAUUUUAAGCCGAAUGGAAACGUAAACGUAACACCAGUUGAUAUUAAUGCAAUGAACCCUUCGAAAAUUGAAAAUGCCACAAGUCAAAGCUCACCGAUUAGCAUACUGGUUGGCUUAGAACCUCGAGAAGAUUCUGCUCCAGUGGCUAGCCAAGAGCAGAAAUCUAAUUCAUGCAAGUACGUCCAAAAGGGUACAAGAGCUAUAAGUGAUAAAGUUAUGUUGAAGGCAGCGUCAGGACAUGAUGAAAACCAGAAACCAACGGGAAUGCCUCAAUAAGCGAU